UCGUGUGCCGGACAAUGAACGAGCGACGGACCGAUCUACCAGUUCACGAAGAAGUGAGUUGGUCCGGCUGUCGAACCUAAAGGACCAGUGGUGCGCGGAGUAGGGUAUAUAUAUUAGUGUGUUGUACGCGAACGGUAGGGAAACGUGUGUGUCCGCGGAACAAAAUGUGGCAGAGGAUCGCCAGGCUUAGCACAAAAAUACGUAUCCGUUGACGCGACUCUGGUGUGUGCUGCUGCUCUCUCUCUGUCUGUGUGUGUGUGUGCGUGUAUGUGUGAGAGUGAGUGGUGUGUGUGCGCGCGCGUGGUUUUGUCGGUUAUGUCAGUGUGCGUUAAGUCAAAAUGGCAGCCACGUUAACCGUCGAGCAGGAGCAGGCCACAAAAGAAUUUAUCGAAGCGGUGAACAAGUGUCGAGCUGGCAGAAGAGCCGGUCCGGUGUCCUGGAGCACAGCAGUGAAAUUUCUAACAGCGAGGAAGUUCGAGGUUGCCCGAGCAUUAGCUCUGUACGAGCAGCACGAAGCGACCAGAAGACGAGAAGGUCUCGCGCUUUUGUAUCCGACCCAGGAACCCUUACUCAGCGAGCUACGCACCGGGAAAUUUACAGUUUUACCUUCCAGGGACGCGACAGGGGCGGUAAUAGCUAUUUUCACGGCGCAUUUGCACCUUCCGCAGAACACAUCGCAUCAAACAACCCUGCAAGGCGUUGUGUAUCAAUUGGACGCGGCUCUCGAAAGCGCGGAGACUCAAAAGCAUGGUCUGGUUUUCAUAUACGAUAUGUCGGACAGCAAGUACCAGAAUUUCGACUACGAUCUAUCGCAGAAGAUUCUCACCCUGUUGAAGGGUGGUUACCCGGCGAAACUGAAAAAGGUACUGAUCGUGACCGCGCCGCUCUGGUUUAAGGCGCCGUUCAAGAUCCUACGGUUGUUCGUACGUGAGAAAUUGAGGGACCGUGUGUUCACCGUAUCCAUUCCUCAGUUGACGUUACAUAUACCACGAGAAUCGUUACCGCACCGUUUGGGGGGCACGUUGGAGGUACAGCAUGAGGCAUGGCUGCUCCACUGUCUUAAAUCCAUGACAAACAGAAGCGGGGGUGAACUUUGCGAGGUUACCCCCAGAGUGGGUAGUCCUCUUUCGCCGACACCACCGCAGAACCACACCGUUGCACAGAAUCCAAAUGGAACCACGGUCAGUAGCUCGACUAGUCCUAUAAUCGAUAAAAGCAAACCGAAAAAUGGUAUCUCGAAUAUCGGGGACAUCGAGAUCACGAACGGCGACGUCUGGAUGGGAACCGAUGAGGCGCCGUCUCCCGUUCAGCCUCCGUCCUCGGCUAGUUCAGGCUUCAGCGAUGACGAUAGCCUCCACGGCGAUCUCGGGCUGCAAGCCGUCACCAUGGAACAGCUCAUCGAAGACAUACACUCGAGAGGACGGGCCGGAUUGAUAGCAGAGUACGAGGAGAUCAAACAAAGACCGCCGGACGGUUCCUUCAACAACGCGAAGCUCAGAUCGAACCAGUCGAAGAAUCGGUACACAGACGUGCUCUGCUACGAUCACAGCCGAGUAUGCCUGUCCCAGAUAGACGGGGAUUCCACGUCCGACUACAUAAACGCGAACUUCGUCGACGGUUACAAGCAAAAGAACGCGUUCAUCAGUACCCAGGGACCGCUGCCGAAGACCUGUCGAGAUUUUUGGAGGAUGAUCUGGGAACAGCAGACGCUCACGAGUUUAUCCCGGAAAUGGAAAACUUGCACGACAGUGAUAGAGAGGGGACGCACGAAGUGUGCGCAGUACUGGGGUCCGAAGCCUGGUGACGAGAGACAAGCGGGUGGUUUCACCGUGACUACACUCGAAGUUGACACCAAUCCCGAUUACACGAUAUCGAUGCUUCUCCUUACAAACAACAAGACUGACGAGGCAAGAGAGGUUUGCCAUAUGCUGUACACAGCGUGGCCCGAUUACGGUGUUCCACAGUCGGCCAGGGCUCUGUUACAGUUUCUAGCCUUAGUGAGGCAGCAGCAGAAUAAGUUACUAGCGUCCAGAGGGGACACAUGGGCCGGUCAUCCGCGUGGACCUCCUAUAGUUGUACACUGCAGUGCCGGAAUAGGAAGGACAGGAACGUUCUGCACGUUAGACAUCUGUAUAUCGCGGCUAGAGGACACCGGGACCGUGGACAUCCGUGGAACGGUGGAGAAAAUCCGUGCGCAGAGGGCCUACAGUAUUCAAAUGCCGGACCAAUACGUAUUCUGUCAUCGUGCUCUGGCAGAGUACGCGCUCUCCAGGGGGAUGCUUAGUCCGCAACAUCUCGAUAUGUUACCUCCAACCAUAGAAGAAGAUUCCGACUAAUGGAUAAAAUUCUCUAUUAUCAUGUACCAGAGAUUGAUGUUCUUCCCGAGUAUGCAUAAUAGUCUCCUUACACACAUAGCCUAUGUCUAGC